AUGCCCAUCACUCAGGAGAAUGCAUUGCUUCACCUGUCUCUUCUUCACCAGUGGCUGCAGGACAACCCAUGGGAGGACACUGGGGAACCCGAAGCAGCUUUGUAUCUAUCUGCCAUUCAGAAACUCAAGGAAUACAUUCAGUUAAAUUUAAUUUUGGAAGAAAUGGCACCGAGCUGCCACGAGGUUGCACUAGACAUGGAAAUAUGCACAGUCUACCUCACCAGGGAUGGAGAUGAUGACCUGGUUCUCGGUCUAAAUUUUGGAAAUAUCCCCAUUUUUGGGCACUGUGGAGAAAAACGUCGCGGGGGUAAAAAGAGGAAGGUAUACAAUGGGCCAGUGCUUGACGUUGGAUGUAUAUGGAUUACAGAUUUGAAGAAGCAGAGUCCAGCUGCUAGGUGCGGCAAGAUAAAACUGCGAGAUGAGGUGCUGUCAUUGAAUGGACAACUGAUGGUUGGCGUAGAUGUUUCUGGUGCCAGUUACCUGGCUGAGCAGUGCUGGAAUGGCGGAUUUAUCUACCUGAUCAUGUUGCGUCGCAUCAAGCGCAAGGCUCCUCUUCCACCUUCCAAUGUCGGCCGCAGCAGCACUUGUGAACCCAAAGCAACCAAUUCUACCUCACAGCCCAGCGUCAGGGCGGCACAGAGCGGAAAGAGGACUCGGAAGUUUGGGGUCAUCUCCAGGACGGUGGGCAAAGACAGCAAGGAGAGUAAGGGGGAGCAGAACCCUGCUCAUGAGAGCCGCCAGUGUGCGCCCAUGGAGGUGGACUCUAGUGAGGAGGCCUCUAGGGCUGAUGGACACUUGAGUCAAGACUCUCACAGCAGUUAUGAUGAGGACCGGUGCGAAUACCAUGUGUCAAAGGCUGCAAGGACUGCAGGAUCAAAAUCUGUGGACUCCCCCAUGCAGCGAGAAGGAUGCUGUAUUUGGAAGAUGCAUAUGUUAAAGGGAGCAGACGGGCUUGGGAUUCAAAUUACUGGUGGACGAGGUUCCAAAAGGUCUCCUCAUGGGAUUGUCGUUGCCCAUGUAGAAGAGGGCGGCUCAGCAGACAGGGAUAGUAGGCUAAAAGCUGGAGAUGAGCUCCUCAUGAUUAAUGGUCAGUCACUGGUGGGCCUCUCUCAUCAAGAAGCUGUUGGCAUACUGCGGGCUGCAACUGGACUGGUACAGCUGGUGGUGGCCAGCAGGGAUGGAACGGAGGUUGAUUUCUGCAAAUACCCUUCCACGAGUCUGCCGGAUCUCGUGAGUGCAUGCUCUGCCCAAGACAAUCACACUGACAAUAAGGAGAACGUGGAACCCGAUGGAGAAGAGGGGAAAGGAUGCGGAACUGGUCCAGCAGAGCCACUGGCUGUGACAGAACCUGACAACAUUCAAGAAAAGACAUCAACAGACGAGUCCAAAAACGCUUGUCGGAGUCCAUCGUUGGGCAACAGUCUUCUGAAGUACAGGAGUCGAUCACAAGGAAGUGGCAGCCGGUUGGAAUCAGUGGGUGAGGACGAUGAGCUGGCAGUGGCCAAUGGAGACACCUAUAUUGAUAGAGGAGACAAAAUGCCACAUGGGGGACGGAAACACUCACUGCCACAACAGCUGGACUCCACAGCCCGGCAGGAAUACGCCAUUGUGAAGAAAACAGCCAGAUCUUUAAGCACGGUGCAGGUGGAAUCGCCUUGGAGGCUUGCUCAGCCCUCAAUCAUCUCAAAUAUUGUCUUAAUGAAAGGCCAAGGAAAGGGACUUGGGUUCAGCAUCGUCGGAGGUCAGGAUUCUGCCAGAGGGAGAAUGGGGAUCUUCGUAAAGACAAUCUUUUCAAAUGGAGCAGCAGCGGCUGAUGGGAGGCUGAAAGAAGGGGAUGAAAUGUUGGAAGUUAAUGGCGAAUCCUUGCAGGGACUGACCCACCAAGAGGCUAUUCACACGUUUAAGCAACUCAGGAAAGGAGUGGUGACUUUAACUGUACGGACGCGACUGCGCAGUCCCAGCCUCACACCGUGUGCUACCCCGACCUUACUGAGCCGCUCCAGCUCCCCAAACUCUAGCAUCAGCUUUGCCCCAUCUAUGCAAAGCUCAGAGGAUGGCGAGUCCUCUUCUGUGUGUCGCAAAGGACCCGGACCCAAGGACAGGAUCGUAAUGGAAGUCACUCUUAACAAAGAACCCGGUGUUGGUCUGGGCAUUGGAGUUUGCUGCCUUGCUCUAGAAAACAACUCUCCCGGCAUUUAUAUCCACAGCUUGGCUCCAGGAUCUGUCUCCAAGAUGGAUGGAAGACUCAGCCGUGGUGAUCAGAUCCUGGAAGCUGAUUCCGUCAGUCUCCGCCAUGCUGCAUUAAGCGAGGCAUACGCCAUUUUAAGUGAGUGUGGACCUGGACCUGUGAGCCUAAUAAUCAGCCGACAUCCAAACCCAAAGAUGUCAGAGCAAGAAAUGGAUGAUGCAAUCACUCGUUCUACUCAUCAUCGUGAGAGCAAGGACUCUUCCCAUAGUCCAGCUCUGCAUUUAAAGAGCCCAUCUCCUACUGUGAAGCCGAAACAAAUGGACGGAUCAGCACCUCUCAGCUGGACUAUGAAACGCUUCCUGGAGCCUGCAAGCCGAGCCUCCGUGAGCUCCGAAGCAGAGCUGUCACAAUACUUCUCCCAGGAAACCCAUAGCCAGUCUUCUCUUUCUGACACCGCAGUGACCGGCUCAAGUGACGAGGAGCACCUGCGAAUGAGAAGCGCCAGUAGCUCUAUGGAGGAAAACACUGCUCCUUUCAGUGCUGCCAAAAACGGGCCUACAAAAGCACAGACUUCUGUUUGUUUCGCUCAGAGAAAUGGCAUUGCUCAUACUUCUGAAAAACAUGUAGCCUUUCAGCAGUCCAGCGUUGAUGGAAGUCCACUGUCCAUAAGAAGCCCUCUUCAGCGGCAGAGGAGGAUUGUCUGCUAUGAUGAUGAUGAUGCCAGCGAAGAGGAUGAUUUUGGCAAAAAGGAGGAGAGGCAUUUCUGUGAUCCUAGAAAGAAGAACGGGGAUGAGGAUUCUGGAAUUGUUAUGACAACUCCUUCCCUGGAUGUCGAUGAAGAAGUUCCACCUGACGACCUGCCGAGAAGUAUUCUUGGUGAAGCUGGGGCCUCUUUGUGUGUUAGCUCGGUGGAAUCUGAAUACAGCUCAGUGGAACAUAUGGUGGACUCGCCGUUUAUUGCCAUUAAAUCUUUUGAAUACACUACUAGACCUGAGAAUCAUCCAAGUACUUUAGGAAUAAAAGAUCCACUGGAAGGACAGUCUGAAAGCAAGAGGUCUCCCAAGCUUGAACACAAAGCUGUAACCCGAGUUAAGAGCAUGCUGAGUAAUGAAAGUCCUAAUGCCUCCAAACAUAAAAAUGAAGACAACAGGUCCUCUGCAAAGGGCUCAAAAACAAAUCUAGUCGGGAAGAAAUCAGAAGGGGCGGAGAUGUUGGGACGAUGCAACACUGAGACUGUUGAGCUGAUAUGCAGUGAAUAUGAGUCUGUUGGAUUAGAUUUGGAAAUCAAACAAUCUCCUGUCAGAGUUUUAAUAACUGGUAUAAGACCACAAGGAGAAACGGGCAAGGAAUCUGUGGGAAAGUUAGCUCCUGGAGAUGAAAUCCUCUCAAUAAACGGGAUCCAAGUUAGAGACAUGUCUUACAAGGAAACCUAUGAUUACGUCCAGUCUUUACCUUCAGCUGUAACCUUAGAGGUCCAGAAACCCGUUUCAGCUGUUGAUCGCUUGUCUCACAUUAUUAUGACAUCGGGGUCAGAAACAACCAGGGAAGACCAUCUACAAGAAACGUCAGUGGAGAAAGACCAUUGCAAUACUCCCCUUCAUCAGUCUUGUCCUACUGAUAAUGAUUUGGCUUCUUCAUCAAUUUAUCCCAUAGUAGACAAAAAAGGAGAAUCCAAUGUUUGUUAUUCACCUGGACAUUGUGGUGGUAGUCCUGUGACUAACAUUGAUGAUUUUAUAAGUGAGCUAGGCCAGACCCGAAAUAUGGAACCUAAGAGAUUUUCUGAACAAGCGGCAUAUGCUAAACCUGAAUCACAUGCUAAUAUAUUGCCCAGCAACAGCACGAGCUUUGCCCACCAAGCUGUAGAUACUGCUGGUCCUCUUGGGUUUUCCAUUUUGGAUGCUAUUCCUAUUGAGAAUACAGUUGCUGUAAAUAAAAACCUCUUGAGUAGUUACUGUAGAAAUUUUAGCAGCUUCAACACAGAGGACUUUUCGCUGUCUGAACAGUUUGAAAGUAGCUCUUUUGAACUUUCAAACUCCAUGUAUGGAACAGUGGAAGACUCUGACAGUGAGUCUUUACUGGAAAUCCCAUCAGAUUCUACAAGUGAUAUGAUUUCAUCCCUUCAAAACCAGUCUUUUGUGUCUGAAACGCAGGCAACUACAGAUUCAGAGGAAGAGCCAAUAGAAAUCUGUUGUGCUAGCAAAAAGGACGAUGUUGAAAUGCAGAGAGCUACACAUUCUUACCAAUCUGAGCCAGUUAAUAGUGAAUACAGGCAGCUGAACUUUGGUUCCUGUGCAGGUCCAGAAUGUGAAGAAACUUCUGGAAUCGUAACCCGUUUAGAAGUUUCACAUAAAAAAGAUUAUCAGAAAACUCUUGAACAAGUUAAUUUAAAUGUGAAAGACUAUUUAAAAAAAGGUUCACCAGUGACUACAUGUGUUCAUACAGAAGCCAAGUCAUCUCUAUGCGUUGAUAAUGAUACUAUGGACCUUAAUGCUACCAGUCAGGCAGAUGCUGAAGUUCAAGCAGAAGUUCUGUCUAGUCAAACUAGUUGUACUAAAGGAUUACUGAAUACUGAUGUUAGGGCUGAAAUCUGUUCCAAGGAACCUCUUGGUGGACCAGUACGAAGUACAAAUCACCAGACCUUCCCAUCAGAUGAGAAAAAUGGACUUGCAAAAACAGAAACCAAAACUAUAAAAAGUUCUACAACAAAAACCUCUGUUGUGGAAAGAUCCAAGGUAAAUGUUGCGGGUUCAAAGCUACAAGAUGCAAAGAGGGCAUUGAAUAGUACCCUAGAUAUGCUAAGCACUCAGAUGCCUAAGCCAGGGCCAAAGCUAAAGGGGCUUACUAUUAAAAGUAAGAAUAGGCCAGGUACUGAUGUUUCUAAAUCAUCUAUUACUAAAACAGAAAGCAGUGAGUAUAAAAAAUCCACCACACAGCCUUCUCCCAAACUUCUACCUAAGAGGUCCACCAUAAUGGACGGGCCACCUUCUCCCAGAGAUUUGAGCAACAGAAGAGCUGCACAUAAAACUAUACUGUCCCAAGCUAAGAUUGAUACCAGUUCAUUGGUUAGUCCCAAGCCAAGGCUUGUUAGCAAUGAAAAAUUGCCUAAUAACAGAACAAAAAUAAGUCCAGAUGAAAGCAAUCAAGAGAUCGAGUCAUCUGUAGAUAUGGACGAAAGCUUUGACACUAGAGACAAAGUUGCAUGCCACCAGAUCGCAGACGAUGGCAAGUGCUCCAGCAGAAAAAGUGAUGUUGAUAGCAAAUCAAGAGACCUAAGUGUGCUUCCUGUUGGCAACACAGUGCCCACGAAUGAAACCCGCAGUUUGGCUUCUCUCCAUAAUCAUGAAGAGCAAAUAGACAAUAAUGAUAUUCAACGUACAUUCAUGGAAGUAAAAUUGUCUCCUUCACUAUCCUCUAUAAACAAUACAAACUUUAAGAGUGAAAGCCGAAGUAAAACAGAAUAUACUAUAUAUGACAACUUUGCUAUUGUUUACAAAUCCCCAAAGCUCAAAGAAGAUGCCUCCCUUGUAGAGAAACCACCUAGCGGAUCUAAGACAGUGACAAGAACGUAUUCAAUGCCAGCUCAUCUUCCCAAUGCUGCCAAUAACAAUGUUCAUCAUAGAAAGGGUAGUGCUUUGGAUGACCCUAUUAGUUUGUCAGUAUCCUAUCAAAGCAUGGAUGACUUCCUUUCCAAAACAAAUGAGGAUAAUCAACAUAUCAAUGAAAGGGGCUCUGUAAGGAAUGACAUGCUAAGGACUAUUAAAAGGAAUUAUUAUUAUGAACUUAAUUUGCCUCAUGAAACUUUAUCUUCUUUAACUGUAAAGCAGAGGAUUAAGUCAUUCGAGAAUCUAGUAAAUUUUGAUAAAAGUGUCAUGAAGGUCAUUGAAAUAAAUAACACUCCUUUUUCUUGUAAACCUCCCUUAACUCGGAGAUCUUCAGGUUCCUUGCCCUCGCAUACUCAGUCCAGUGAGGAUUCAAAAGUGUUAAGACGCAGCUUGAGCUCCUGUUGUGAUAACCAAAGUAAAGUGUCCUUAGAAACACAAAUAACAAAAUCUCCAAGUGUGGCCUUAACAUGUACCGAAAAGAUCUCAGUAGACUCUGUAAAGGAUAAUCCAGUCCAUGAGUCAACUAGGACUGAGAAAGAAGAAAAUUCUGUGCAUGGGGUCCAGGUCAGGAAAACCAGGACAACGCCGAGCCACAUAAGGCCAUCCUUAUCCCGUUCCAAAUUACGGGAACUGAGAGCGCUAAGCAUGCCGGAUCUUGAUAAGCUUUGCACUGAGGAUUUCUCUCUAGAGUCUAAAGCGCCACAAUAUAAAACAGAACUGGAGAUUACACCCAAAAAGACUGUAGGAGCCGACAGUGUAUCUUCACCCAAUGGCACUCAUAUGAGCGCUAAAGAAAAUGGCAUAUCUGGGUUCGCAUAUGAUGGAGAUGGAACACAAAAUGGGGAACUUGUCAGAAAGUCAUGGUCAGUAAGCUUGGACCAGCUUAUCGUCUCCACCAGAGACCAGCAAAAGCUGCAGGCUGUUUUGACUUCUGUGGCAUCCAAAUCAGAUAUCAUUACUCUGAUUCAGGAAGCAAAAGCACAAGUGGAGAGGAAAGAAGACGUGUAUUUUGUGGUACUGAAUAAAGAAGAGGGAGCUGGCCUGGGCUUCAGCAUUGCCGGAGGAGUGGACCUGGAACAGAAAUCAGUCACUGUGCACAGAGUUUUCUCAAAGUCGACAUCAUCGCAAGACGUCACCGUGGAGCGAGGGGACCGCAUACUCUCCAUCAACGGCUGCUCUCUGCACGGGGCGCCCCACGGCGAGGCUCUGAGCGCUCUGCACAAAGCCAAGCUGCACAGAGAGGCCGUCAUCGUCAUCCGAAAGGAAAGCGACAGGGAGAAGCCAAACCGGGCAGACACCGCGGCGGGAGGACGACACUCCACAUCUGGAAGAGAUGUCUCCAUGGCAACCGAACCAGCACACUUGGAUUUGCGGGACGCCGUGUGCGUGGAACUUCACAAGACAUCUGCCGGGCUGGGCUUUAGCCUGGAUGGUGGGAAGGCUUCUAUCUACGGGGACCGGCCUCUCUUCAUCAAAAGGAUCUUUAAAGGGGGCGCCGCUGAGCAGGCUGGAAGAAUAGAAGCAGGCGAUGAAAUCCUUUCCAUUGGUGGAAAAGCCUUGAUUGGCCUCAUGCACUAUGACGCCUGGAAUAUCAUUAAGUCGGUCCCGGAGGGACCUGUGCAGUUACUGAUCAGGAAGCACAGGACUGCAGUAUGAGGAGCAAACCUCAGCGUUUCUGAUGACUUCUCUAUUAUACA